AUGGGCUCGUUUUUAUUCCCCAAAUGUAUUUGGACUAGAAAUAACCCUCUACUUGUCCCCAGAUUAAUCAUCUACACAGCACUUCGGCGAGAAAUCCUCGAUGUGGAUCUCGAAUGCCUUGUCCGUGACGUCGUUCGGCCCUGGGUCGAUGAUUGCGACGCCGGGAAGAGCUAUCACCAACACUGCCAGUCCGUCACAGCAAGAAAACCUGACCACCUCCCCACGAGGCUCAUAGAUGUUGGGACUUGCCUAGAGGAUCCUGUCCGCCUCCUUGUGACCAGCGAGGACAUUCCCAAGGCCGCCGAGCCGCCUAAAUACUUGACUCUCAGUUACUGCUGGGGCCAGUCUAAUAACCCGGCAAAAACCACAUCUCAAAACUUCGGGAAACGCCGGGAGAACAUCGACACUGAGGAUCUUCCACAGACUAUUCAGGAUGCCAUUAGACUCACAAGGGCCAUGAAGAUCCGUUACCUCUGGGUAGAUGCUCUGUGCAUCAUUCAAAACUUGGAAGACUUUUACCUGGAGGCCACGAAGAUGGAAUCAUACUAUGCCGGCGGAUAUUGUCUCAUCUCGGCUACAGGCUUCUCGGACAGCUCUGAAGGGCUAUUUCCUGAUCGAAAAAUCGGAAAUUAUCACACCAAGACGUGCACAUUUGGUUACAGUAGUCGACACAAAAGUUACUAUCUCCUAAAGAACCCGUCCAAUAAUCUCCUAUGGGAGGCCUGUCGACAUCAGCCUGUGCAGGAACGAGCCUGGUGUCUCCAGGAGCGCCUACUCUCUAAAAGGAUUCUCCACAUUACCGCUGAAGCCGUCUUUUGGCAAUGUCCUAGCAUAUGCAAAACUUCUGAAUUCUAUCAAAAUUCCGAAUCAUGGCCUUCAGAGAUUGAGAUAGAGAGAAAGAUAGCUCAUAUGGCAGACGACUGGGGCCUCUCUCCCCGCGACUGCUUGAGGAAGAUCGAGCAAGUGAAGAGGGAAAAAAAUGUCGAGAAGGCAAGGAAGGAUCUGUCGGGGAACUAUAGUGCUCCCCUGAUUAUUGGAUGUCACAAAAUUCUCAACCAGCCCUCUACGACGGACAUGUGGCUGGCUUGGACAAGACUGAUCCAAAAUUAUCUGUUCAUGGAGCUGAGCUACGAGGAUGACCGGCUGACCGCGAUUCAGGGCCUUGGUCAUCGGUUGGCCGAGCUCCAUGAAGACAAAUACUUUGGUGGCAUAUUUCUCUCUCAUCUUGCCCAUGGCCUCCUUUGGAGGGGCAAAAAGAGACCACAAGGCCGACGAUCAACAAGCUGUCCCACCUGGUCUUGGGUAGUUGCCAAGCCGAUUGAAUUUAUCAGUUUGGAACGUUCCCUGGUUUCCAACAUUGAGGAUGACGCCAUAUUUCCGCUUUCAACCAGUAUGAUUCCGAUGAUGGGCCAAGAAACGCGGAGCCUUUAUCUAAGGGUGCCUCUGGUGCCAAUGGCUAAGUUCACACUCCAAGGCUCACCAGCCCUCAAGACGUCCGCAAUCUGGGUGUAUCGGGAUGUAGAGUUUACCCUCUGCUUCGAUGAAGAAAAUUUGGUGCCUUGUGAUUUGCGCCACGUCAAGGUCAUCCUGCUUGGAUAUACACAAGGAUGUGAAUCUCUGGCUGGCUUGGUUGUUCGUAAUAGCAUGGGAAGUUCUCAGUACGUGGAACGAACAGGGUAUACCGAAGUGAAGGCGAUGAAUUCAGACAUGAUGGGCACGGCAUGGGGACUGGAUAAACUGUUCGAGCCUUGGAUAGAGAGUGUCAACCUGGUCUAA